AGUGGCCCAGAACCCGGCAGUGCUCAGUAUGCUCCUAACUGAAAAUAAAGAUAAGUUAAUUCCGUUUACUUAUAACGCUAUCGCCUCAAAAAUUAAUAUGUUAACUGUUGACUUUAUAACUACUACUACUACUACUACUACUACUACUACUACUACUACUUCUACGGAGGAACAACAACAACAACAACAACAACAACAACACCAACAACUAUCAAAGGGCCUGGAGGAACGACUGAAGCUUCAACAACGCCAGUCUAUGGAGGACCAAAGAUGGCUGGUGGAGCAAGAGGCACAGCCCACACCAACAGCGCAUCUUGACCGGACCAAUGACUGUGUUUACAAGGCCACAGUUCAGGUUGUAGCAUCAGUGAGGGAGCUGAGCGAGGGGGUUCAGACGGGUGGCGGCGGGGUGGGACCAACAGCAUUGACGCCGCCAGCUGAUUUGACACCAUCUCACUACUUGGCGUUAGUUCAGCAAGUUGGGAACGCUUUGAGAACGCUCCUAACUACUGUCGACGAGUUAAUGCCGGCUGUUCCUGCCACUGCCCAUAGAGAGAUCGAAUUGGCCCAUCGAGUACUGGCAAAGGAUAUGACAGACUUGGUGCAGUGUUUCAAGUUAGUGCACAAGUAUGCUGCUACUACACUGCAUCACGAGUACACUAAACAGCUCCUCGGCGCCGCCCACGUCUUGGCAAUGGACUCGAAGAAUUUGCUGGAUGUAAUCGAUAGCGUGCGACAAAAACACCACCUACUGCCACACCACCCCCACGCUCCUAACACCCAAGGCCACCCUCAACCCGCCCACGCUCCUAACUCCCCCCAUCUGCGCCACACUUCACGGGAAAAUGAGGUUGAAGUUAGUGGUGGUAUUAGUGAUCCAUGUGGUGGUGGUGGUGGUGGUGGUGUGUGAACAUUCCAAGAUUUGAGAAAAGACGAAGCUGCAGCUGACUCCUACUACUACUACUACUACUACUACUACUACUACUACUACUACUACUAUGAAAAGAGAGAAGAAGAAAAAUAGUCUCUCUCUCUCUCUCUCUCUGUGUAAUUAAAAAUGUAAAUAAUAAUAAUAAUAAUAAUAAAAAUAAUAAUGCUGAUGAUGAUGAUGAUGAAAUAGUAUAAAGAAAUAGUAUUGAAGUGUAUGAUUGAAAAGUACUAUUCGUGUCACGCCACACCUAUGAUAGUAAUGUUCUACCAGUCACUGUAUUCACACCACUGUACUAUUUAGCAUUGUAAUGAUAGUAAUAAUAAUAAUAGUAAUAGUAAUAAUAAUUGUAAGAAUAAUA